GGCGAGUUGAACAUAGGCUUACGCUUCCGUGACGUAGAUCGCUUGUAUUGAAUUGAAAAAAAAUAUUUCUAAACUGCGGAAUCGCUUGCUGCUGACCACCAGCAAAUUAAUGAAAAAUAGCGAACAAUGAACGUCUUGGUCACGUGCUUGUUUUUCGCCGGUCUGUCCUACCUGUACAGCACCGACCUAAUAUCUGUGCUCCGUGUUUAUGUUGCAGAGUGGGUCCUCGGCGCCUCCAUGCCCGAACCAGGAGCUCCGCGGCGGACUCCGCAAGGUGUCCCCUACGCCGAUUUGCAGCACAUCGUCAACGCCGACGGACAGCACUUGUUCUGCCGCUACUGGGAGCCAGAUGGCCCCCCAAGGGCUCUGGUGUUCGUGGCCCAUGGGGCAGGGGAGCAUUGUGGGCCUUAUGAUGAGAUCGGCCAGACCCUGAAGGAACAGUCUCUGCUUGUCUUUGCACACGACCAUGUUGGCCAUGGCCAGAGUGAAGGAGACAGGAUGAAUAUUAAGGACUUCCAGGUGUUUGUCAGAGACUCCCUCCAGCACAUUGACCUGAUGAAGGGACGACACCCUGACCUGCCAAUCUUCAUCAUUGGACAUUCUAUGGGUGGAGCCAUUUCCAUUCUGACGGCAUGUGAACGACCUAAUGACUUUGCCGGUGUGGCUCUGAUUGCUCCUAUGGUCAAGAUGAACCCAGAAUCUGCCACACCCUUCAAGGUGUUCCUGGCUAAAGUCCUAAAUCACAUGGUGCCUAGUCUCUCUCUGGGCUCUAUUGAGUCUAAAUGGGUUUCACGGGACCAAAAACAGGUUGAGGCGUAUGACAAUGACGAGCUGAACUAUCACGGUGGGCUGCGUGUGUCAUUUGGCAUGCAGCUGAUGGGCGCGGUGGCGCGGAUCGAGAGAGAGGUCCCUGCCAUCACCUGGCCCUUCCUGCUUCUCCAUGGUGACGACGACAAGCUGUGUGACAUUAGAGGGUCCCAGAUGAUGUUUGACUUGGCCCAGAGCACGGACAAGAAGAUUAAGGUGUACGACGGAGCAUACCACGCCCUGCACCAUGAACUCCCAGAGACGGCGGCAGCGGUGCUGAAGGACGUCACUGGCUGGAUCUCUGAGCGUCUCGCUGGGUCUCCUUCUCAGGGCUCCUAGUCCCCUCCUCCUCUUCACCCCCCAACCCACUGUAUGACCUAAAUACAUUUGUACUGACAGCAUAUACUCUACUGCUAGCCGACCAGUAGCGAUCAUUUUCAGUACAAAUGUAGUUAACUGCACCUUACCCCAGCCCUGUGCACGUCAGUCAGACUUAAAACCUCUUGGUCCUCUGGGGAGAGGUGGGGGGUGACAGGUCAGGAGGCCCACAGGAGGUUUCCUUAAGGUCAACUUGUCAGUGACCUUUGACCCCCAUGGCCAAUGUAAGUCCUGAUUUUCUAGGCUCUUCAUUAGGGACAACAGUUGUGCCCCAGCUGCCAGGCAGCAGUUCAUAGUACAUAUAUCAGCCAUGUCUCCUUGUACUGAGUUCAAAGAGAACAAUGCUGAGAGCUAGGCCAGGCGCAAUUCACAGAGGGAUUUUUUUCCUCCUUUGUAAUCACAGUGUUCAAUAGGCCAACAGAAACAUAUUGAAUUUGCCCAGGCUGAGGUGUUCCCUUUUGUGUGUUGCCAUGGAGACAACUGGCCUUUGUUAUCCCCACCGUAUCUCAGAUCCUUUGUUCAUAGAGUCAAACAUUUUGGACUUGUUUGAACACCCAGCUCCCCAGAUUGCUGCCACUAGUGGUCAUCUAUCAGAACUGCAGGGUAUAGGUGGCUGCAACCCAAGAUGGAGAAGUUGCCCGUUACUAUGGCAACACCUCAGGAAAAACCCUAUGGGAAAAAAAGGCUGAAUCCAUUAGAGCACCACAGUAAGGUGAGGCAUGCUGUGAAUCAUUAUACAGUACAUGCUGUGAAUCAUUAUACAGUACAUGCUGUGUACAGACAAAGGCGUCACUUCGCUGCAGUUCUUAUAUUGAAAAAGAUGACGGCCUCAAUUCAUCACCUAUAACCUCACCAUUUAUCUGUGUUUCUCCAUAUUUUGGAUUGCUAACGACUAAUACAGAUUUUAAUGUGUAUGUAUUAUGUGAAAUAUCCAUGUUACCGAUAUUCCUCUUUUUAAAUGGUGGAAGUUGUUUUGUAAGGGGCAGACUGGUGAAUCUAAUUGUCUGAUGCAUUGAGCAUUUAAUAAAGUGAAAUUCAAUUGACUA